AUGGCUGAGAGUAGUAGUACCAACGAAAAGUUCGUGCAACCGGCAAUCCCACGAUUCGAUGGGUUCUAUGAGCACUGGGAAAAACUGAUGGAGAAUUUCCUUCGUGCAAAGGAAUAUUGGACCCUAAUUGUGAAGGGACUCGACACAGUUCCAGAAGGCACUCAACCGAAAGAAACACAAAUGACGGUGAUAGAGGAGCAACAGUUGAAAGAUAUGAAGAUAAAGAAUUAUCUGUAUCAAGCAAUUGAUAGAGAAAUCGUGGAGACCAUACUCAAUGAUGAUACUUCCAAGCAGAUUUGGGACUCUAUGAAACAAAAGUUCAAGGGUUCCACGAGGGUGAAAAAGGCUCAAUUGCAAACAUUGAAGUCUGAGUUUGAAAUACUCAAAAUGAAGGAGGGAGAGAGUGUUAAUGCCUAUUUUGGGAAAACUCUUUCCAUUGCCAAACAGAUGAAAGCGUGUGGAAAAACUAUACAAGAAAGGGAUAUUAAAGGGAAGAUUCUCAGAUCCCUUGUACCAAAAUUUAAUUAUGUCGUUUGCUCCAUUGAAGAAUUCAACAAUGUCGACACUGUUACAGUUGAUGAACUUUAA